GCACUCAGGAAUCUGCAUCUGGUCCUGGAAAGUCACACAAGUCUUUACCAGCACUUUUUAUGCUUCCCGUUUUCUCAGCCUUAUUUUACAAUGAAUGCACCAUUUAACGCCAUCGAAUAAGGAUGAGUAGGUCCCUACUUGGAAAGCUGCUCUCACUUGCUAGCAUGUAUCAAAUAUGGUGAAAUAAUUCAGACCAAGUACCAUCCUACUGGAUCAAACAUGGCAGCAAUGGUCACCAGUAGCACCACUCUUCAGAUCCCUCCUCAGCCUCAGCCUCCUCUCCUCAGGAAUCGACACCCAAUCCUCAUGGACACCAUCCAGCCUGCCGUGGUCCAGGCCAUCAUCAAUCCAAAACGGGGUAUGGAGGGAACCUUCCAGACUCCACAGACCCCCAGGACCUGCAGCUCACCCGGAUCUGCUGGGAAAUCCUGCUGGAGCCCAGAUGUGAGGGUGGUGGUUCUUCUGGUGACGGUGGCUGGAGUGGUGAUACUGCUGCUGCUCUACAGACUCCUACAGCUCAGACACAGGUUGAGGAUGGCUCGGGCACGUCACGCUCUGGAGUACCACAGCUUCUUCCACAGCGCCACGUACACCCUCAAACACCCUGACCCACGUCUGGAUCUUCCAACGAAGAACGGCUCGAUCCCUGAUACCACUCCGCCCGUCCUCACUGUGCCACCAACAGCCACUGUGGCACCACUUCCACCACCUCCGACGUCUUCUCUGCCUCCACUGCCUCUCCCUCCUCCUCCGGUCCUGCCUCCACCUCCACUCCACGCUCCCCCUUCUCUCCCCCCACCAGCUCCUGUCCUGACCUUCCCUCUCCCUCUGCCUGUGAUCCACACCACCCCGCCAAGCCCCCACCUGUCCUGGGGUGCCUGCUCCGAUGUGGAUCUGUACUCUCGGAUUGGAGCUUACAGGCCAUCCAGGCUCUCCAGCAUCUCCAACCAAUCAAAAGUUAUCCUGUUUGAACACUCAUCUCUCUGACCUCACACACUGAACAGGACCAGAGACUUCACUGUUUGACAUGAUCAACAUUAUCUUUUUCCUAACGGUGCUGUUAAUCAUCAAGCAUUUGCUCGAAGUGCUUUAUAACUGAGAUGGGACCAAAUUGAGUUAAAAUUUCUAUUUGUUAUAGAUCAAGAUUGCUUUUCUUAAAUUUCUAUUUAUUUUUUUCAAACUUUGUUCUCAAAAGUGCUGAGAAUCUUGUUCAUAUAGGAGGUAGUGCUGACAUUGUAUUCCCAAAACAUGAAUUUCUAUCAACCUUAUCACAAUGGACUUUUUUUUUUUUUGCAUUUGGAUCAGUUUUGUUUUUCUUUGUGAAUAGUCAAUCUUAUAAUAGUUCGGUUGAAGCUUCUUGUCAUUCUUUAGUCUAUUUGUGGGAACUGAUGGGGUUGCAGAUCUGUACAGAUUAAAAAUUUUUUGCAAAAAAUGCACCCCAUGCCUAUGUUUUUAUGAAAACUUUGUGAGACCAGAAGCUGUGACCUGCUUCAAUGUCUGUUCUGACUCAUGAUGGAGACUUGCGUAAGUCUGAAACCAACAAAUCCAGAGACAAGCAGAUCAAAUUUCUAGAUGCAAUCUUUAAUAAUGCAUGACAAAUCUCAUUGACAUGGCCAUGUUCCCCUAGCACUUCACUCUACCUCCCAUUCCAACAAAAAUUGGGACAUCCUGCCCCUAGAUUUGGACAUGCAAAAUGAGAAUGUGGGGCUAAGUGGAAACCCGGAACCAGGUUUCCAGUUUAGGGAGCUCAUCGUCUCUGCUGUUUGUAAAUUAAGUGGUUCUCAGCAGGGGAUCUCCAGCAGGCACUGGGACGGUUUGUGGCUGAGUGUGAAAAUAAGCACCUCCAAGUCUGAAGCCAUUGUCUUCAUCCAGGAAAUGGUGGAUUGCUCCCUCAGGGUGGGGAGUGAGUCUUUUGAGGGUAGAAUGGACUGCAAGAUUGUGCAGGGAGAUUGGUUGAGUAUCAUCAGUUUUGCAGGCUUGGUAUUUUACUGCUGUGGUGAAGAGGGAACUGAGCCUGAUAGCAAAGCUUCCGAUUUACUGGUCUAUCUAUGUUCCAUCCCAAGAACGACAUCGUGGGUUCAAGCAGUCAAAAUGAGACUCCUCAGGAGGGUGUCUGGGAUAAGCCUUAGAGAUAGGGUGAGGAGCUCUGACAUCUGGGUGUAUCUCGAAGUACGUAGAGCUGCUGCUCCUUCGUAUCAAAAGGAGCCAGUUGAGGUGGUUCAGGCAUCUGAUCAUGAUGCCUCCUGGUUGCCUCCCUGUGGAGGUCUUACGGGCAUGUCCAACUUGGAGGAGACCCUGGGCAGGCCCAGAACUUGCAAGAGGGAUUAUAUAUCCGAUCUGGCCCGGGAACACCUCAGAAUCCCACAGGAGGAACUGGAAAACAGUGCUUGGGCGAGGGAUGUCUGGGUUUACUUACUUCGCCUGCUAAGCAUAAGAAGAUGGAUUGAAGGCUAAGUGGG